CGUCGCUGUGCGGCGGGGACAGAGCGGGGACACAGAGCCGCCGCUGCCAUGCCGGUGACGGUGACGCUGCCCGGCCCGGCCCCGUGGGGCUUCCGCAUCUCUGGGGGAAGAGAUUUCGGGAAGCCCAUCACGGUCUCCAAGGUGACGGAGCACGGGAAGGCGGCCGCGGGUGACCUCCGGCCGGGGGAUGUCAUUGUCACCAUCAACGGCGACAGCGCGGCCGAGAUGCUCAACGUGGAGGCGCAGAACAAGAUCAAGCAGAGCCGCGGGCAGCUCCGGCUGCAGGUGGAGAGGUGCCCGGUGCCACCUCCCAGCCACGCCAACGGGGACAGCUCGCCCGAGAUGUUGGCCACGCGCUUCCAGGACACGCUGAGGAUGAGGAGUGAGAGCCAAGGGGCCCUGAGGACGCUGGAGCGCAGCCUGGCACCCCUGGCUCACCCACCUGCAGCCAGCUCGCACCCCGUGGAGCAGGAGCUCGCCUGUCCCGGCCUCCCCCAGGAGCGGGGACGCCUGAGCCGCCAGAACAGCUCGCAGGGCCCGGCCCUGCCUCCACCCCCCCGCCCACCCUCACCGGAGCUCGGAGCCCCCCAAACCCCCUGGGAGACCCCCAGGGAGAGGCGCCUCUCGUCCCCCGCUCCCGGCACCUGCCACAGCCAGGGCUCGGAGCCGGCCAUGAGGCGCUUGGAGGAGGACUCGGAGGUCUACAAGAUGCUGCAGGAGCGCCGGGAGCUGCGGGCGGCCCCGCGGCAAUCCAGCACCUUCCGCCUGCUCCAGGAGGCUCUGGAGGACGAGGAAGGGGGAGGUCCCGCAGCCCCCUUCCCCAGCCGCCUCUCGGCCGGGGCUCGCAAGCCCGUGGCCGGGGUGCAGAAGCUGCACGUCUGUGAGAAGUGCGGGAGCAGCAUCGCGACGCAGGCGGUGCGGAUCCAGGACGGCCGCUACCGACACCCGUCCUGCUACACCUGCGCCGACUGCGGCCUCAGCCUCAAGAUGCGCGGCCACUUCUGGGUGGGGGACGAGCUGUUCUGCGAGAAACACGCCCGCCUGCGCUACCAGGGACCCCCGGGGGGGCCCGUCCCUGUGUCCCCCCGCUCCUGAGCCGGCGUCCCCCGUGACCCCAGGGCCGGCCUGGGGGGCUGAGGGCGCUGCCAGGCUGGCGAUGGAUUUGGGGGUGGGGGAUGCCCAUCUUCACCGCUUUGCGGGCGUGUGAGAUGAGCUGGGUGAGUUCUCAGCCUGGGGGACACC